CAAAGUUUUGAAAAAAUCUAAACAAUUAUCCUCACUUUCUUUUUAUUUCCGAUGGCUAACUUUCCUUCUCUAAAAUUAAUUGACGUCUGCAAAGUCUCUCCUCCUCCGGCGGCCGCGGUGGUGCCGUCAUCUCUUCCCCUCACUUUCUUUGAUUUAUUGUGGCUAAGGUUUCUUCCAACCCAACGUCUUUUUUUCUAUGAAUUUCCAUCGAAUGAGAUCUCGUUUCACGAUGUCAUUGUUCCGAAGCUCAAGAGCUCUUUGUCUCUUACUCUUCAACACUAUCUUCCUCUGGCUGGCAACCUCGUUUGGCCAUCGCAAUCGGAUGUACCCGUCAUUGAAUUUCACGAGGGCGAUGGGGUUUCCAUGACGGUGGCGGAGUCCGACGGUGACUUUUAUCAUCUUUCUAGUAACGGGUUUCGAAAAGUUUCCGAAUUUCAUCAUCUUGUUCCUGAAUUACCUGUCUUUCAUGAUCGUGCUGCAGUCAUUGCUAUUCAGGUAACUAAAUUUCAAAACGAAGGUUUUUCCAUUGGAAUAACCCAUCACCAUGCAAUCUUAGAUGGAAGAAGCUCAACUUCAUUUAUCAAAUCAUGGGCUCAAAUGUGCAUUGAAGAAUCCUCUGUACCAAUCUCGGAGCAAAUGCCAUUAUAUGAUAGAUCAAUUAUAAAUGAUCCAAAAGAUUUUGCAAAACUCUAUGCAAAGGCAUGGCAAGACAUAGAAGGACCCAACAACAGAAGCUUAAACCUUAAAUUCCCCAAAACAAUACCUGGUUUAAUUAGAAGCACUUUAGAAUUCACACACCAAAACAUUCAAAAGCUAAAUGAAUGGAUCUUGAACAAGAAGAUCAAAAACGAAAAUUUUGAUUCUUCUUCUUCUGACAUAUCUUCAUUUGCAAUAGCAACAGCUUAUCUUUGUGUUUGUACAGCCAAAUUAGAAGGUUUAAAAGAAGGAGAAUUAUGGUUUGUGUUUGCAGCUGAUGCCAGAAUUCGUUUAAAGCCACAAGUGCCAUUGAAUUACUUUGGGAAUUGUUUGGUUGCUGGAUUUGUUCGUCUUGAAAGGUUUGAGCUUUUGAGGGAAAAUGGAAUAAUUUUCGCUUGUGAUGAGAUUUCAAAAGCUAUUAGAAAUUUGGAUGGUGGAGCUUUAAAUGGGUGUGAGAAUUGGGGGUCAAUAAUGAGCCAACUGACAUAUGAUUAUUCAGAAACACAAGCCAUUUCUCUAGCUGGUUCACCAAGAUUUGGAGUUUAUAACGCUGAUUUUGGAUUUGGAAAGCCAAAGAAAGUGGAGAUUGUGUCAGCUGAAUCACCAUAUUUUUUUUCUUUGACUGAUAGUAGAAAUAGUGAUGCGGUAAUGGAGAUUGGUGUUGUUAAGGAAAGGGAUGAAAUGGAAGCUUUUGUUGCUAUAUUUAAUCAAGGCUUUGAAUCUAUUUGAAAUGAUCAUCAUACGGAUAAUUGUUUCCAAAGGUUUUUACUAUUCCAAUUUUAUCCAUGUGUAGUUUAUAUGACUUUUUUCAUUUUAGCUAUAUGGGACUAUAUGGGACUUUUAUGUAUGUCUUAUUUAAUAAAUUUUAACAUCAGUUGUUUAUAGUUAA